AUGCCAUAUACAAUAGGUGAUAGAAAGAUAUCAUUAGAUUCUAAUUUAACUGAUUCAGAUAAAAAAUUAAUUAUAACCCAUUCUAAGAUAUUUAAAUAUUGUUUAAAUAAUGCAAUUUAUAAGUACAUCAUAAAUGUUAAAAAAAUCAUACAUUUAUAUUCAGAUAUAAUUACAAUAUACUCCACUUUACUUAAGAAGAUACCAAAUUAUGAUGAUAUAACAUCAAUGACUUCGAAAAUAAAUAUAAUUAUUUUAAAAUUAGAAGAUGAUUUUAAUGAAAUAUUUGGUAAAUUAAAUGAAGAAAAUUUUGAAAAUUGGGAGGAUAAAAAUUAUGAUAAUGAUAUUAAACCAAGUUGUAAAUUGAUAAUAAAUACAACAUCGGAAAUAUUUGAACAUCAUAUAAUUUCAAAUUUAUCAUGUAUUGAAAUAUUUUUCAAAAAUUUUAAUAAUUUGAAAAAAUUACUUAUUCCGUAUUUAACAGAACAAACUAAAACAAUAAUAAAAAGUUUAAGUAAAGGUACUCAGUUAUUUAUUAUCUCAGUUAUUGUUGAUAAUAUCACUAGUGAAUCAGAUUUUGACUUAUCUAAUUUUAAAAAAAUUGAAAAAAUUACAACUAGUUUUGAAAGAGAAAGUUUAAUUUUAAAUACUGCUUUUUUAACAUUUAAUAACUCUUUGAAACAAUAUACUAGUAUAUUAUUAGGUAAAGCUAUAUUAAAAAGAGACAUUGAUUUAUCACAAUGUGAAUUAAUUAAAAGAAGAGAUAUAUGUUUUCAAGCUAGUGAACAUGUUGUUAGUAUACCAUUAACAGAAGAGCAAAUUUCAAACAAAACAAUGAAAAAUUUAAGUAAAUAUUUAUUUUAUAUUAUAUUUGGUUUAAUUUUAUUAAUAAGUAUUGUAUUUUAUAGAAUAUUUAAAGUAAUUGUAUGUAGAUGA